UAUUAUGAUGUAGCAUUGGAGGUUUCUGUUGAAAACACAAAAACACAGAGAAAGAGGAGAGAGAAAGAAGAGAGAGAAAUAGGGUGUGUUUGUUUGACACUGUUAAUUAGCAUCUUCUUCAUUCUUCUUGAACUCUCUCUGACUCUGUGCAUAGAAAUAGAAGAAGUAGUGUGAGUGAAGCAGAAGCAGAAGAAACGUGAUUCUGAAAUCUCAAAUUCUCAUCACUGUCACGCUGAUAGUGCUAUCUGUUACGCUCUGUACGUUCUUUGUUUGUUGCUGUUGGUUCGUUCGCGGUUUCUUCAAACCUCUCUCUCUUUCUCCCCAACAACCACCACUCCCUCUCUCUCUUGCUGUUAAAUCUCCACCUUCCUUCUAUUCUCUCUCUUGAUUGUUCUGCUUGCUUGCUGUUGCUGCAUCGUUUUCUUCCAAUUCUCUGACUGAUUCUUCACUCAGACAUUGAUUCAGUUUUCAUUCAUUCCUUCCCUUACCCGAAACGUAACACAAAUCCUCACUCAGUAACCACUUUCCGAUGGAAUCAACACCGGAAAAUUGCUCCGUCAAAGUGGCUCUUCACAUUCGUCCUCUCAUUGCCGAUGAACGACAACAAGGUUGCACUGAAUGCGUUUCCGUCACAAAUGGAAAACCUCAGGUUCAAAUUGGGUCACAUUCCUUUACAUUUGAUCAUGUUUAUGGAAAUGGUGGAUCACCUUCAGCUGACAUGUUUGAGGAAUGUGUUGCGCCAUUGGUUGAUGGGUUAUUCCAAGGAUUCAAUGCUACUGUACUUGCUUAUGGUCAGACAGGAUCUGGGAAAACAUAUACCAUGGGAACUGGUUAUAGUGACAAUUCUCAGACUGGCUUGACUCCUCGGGUUAUGAAUGCGUUGUUCAACAAGAUUGAAAUGCUAAAACAUCAAACAGAAUUUCAGUUGCAUGUCUCCUUCAUUGAGAUUUUGAAGGAAGAGGUACUGGACUUGUUGGAUACAGUAUCUAUGGGAAAAUCAGAAACCUCUAACUCUAAUGGACAUUCUGGAAAAGUAACUAUUCCUGGGAAGUCACCGAUACAAAUUCGUGAAACAUCAAAUGGAGUAAUAACACUAGCAGGAUCAACCGAAGUUGCUGUGAGUACAUUACAGGAGAUGGCUGCUUGUUUAGAGCAGGGUUCUUUAUGUAGGGCAACUGGAAGUACAAAUAUGAACAACCAGUCCAGUCGGUCACAUGCCAUCUUCACAAUUACAUUAGAACAGAUGCACAAACUCCAUCCAGUUUCUUCCAGUAAUGACACCUCAGAUGAGGAUAUGGGUGAAGAAUACCUUUCAGCAAAGUUCCAUUUGGUAGAUCUAGCUGGAUCCGAGAGAGCUAAAAGAACUGGUUCUGAUGGUCUUCGUUUCAAAGAAGGUGUACACAUUAAUAAAGGCCUUCUUGCACUAGGUAAUGUCAUUAGUGCACUAGGGGAUGAGAAAAAGCGAAAAGAGGGUGUACACGUCCCUUAUCGGGAUAGCAAACUCACUCGACUCUUACAGGAUUCACUUGGUGGAAACAGUAAAACUGUCAUGAUAGCUUGCAUUAGCCCUGCUGACAUAAAUGCUGAGGAAACUCUUAACACCCUCAAGUAUGCAAACCGUGCACGAAAUAUUCAAAAUAAGCCAGUUGCUAAUCGAGAUUUGAUAUCCAAUGAGAUGCAGCAAAUGCGACAGCAAUUAAAGUACUUGCAGGCUGAGCUCUGUUCCCGGGGAGGAACUCCAGCUGAUGAAGUGCAGGUUCUUAGGGAAAGGAUUGCUUGGCUUGAGGCAACUAACGGGCAACUGUAUCGGCAACUGCAUGAAUAUCGCAGUAGAUGUGCAUUUGUAGAGGGAUGUGAAAUUGAUGAACCAGAUGAACAUAUUUAUCUUGUGAAAACUGAUGGGCUUGAGAAGUGCCUUAAGAGCUCAGAUUUAUCAGACCAUCCCAUGGCUGGAAGUAUGUCAGGUGAAGAUUCAAGGGAAACUGAUGAAGCAGUUAAAGAGUUGGAGCAUGCACUAUUGCAAAAUACCUUGGAUAAAGAGAUGCAUGAGUUAAAUAAGCGCUUGGAGCAGAAAGAGUCUGAGAUGAAGCUCAUUGGAGUUGAUACUGAAGCACUCAAACAGCACUUCGGGAAGAAAAUUAUGGAACUUGAUGAAGAGAAAAGAAAAGUGCAGCAUGAAAGGGACCGUUUGUUGCAUGAAGUAGAGAACCUUUCUGCUAAUUCAAAUGGACUGGCACAUAAAAAUCAAGAUUUUCGUGGCCAAAAAUUGAAAGCAUUGGAAGCACAGAUCUUAGACCUCAAGAAGAAACAAGAAAGCCAAGUGCAGCUACUAAAGCAAAAGGAGAAGAGUGAAGAAGCUGCAAAAAGACUGCAAACUGAGAUACAAAAUAUCAAGGCUCAAAAGGUUCAGUUGCAGCAUAAAAUGAAGCAAGAGGCAGAACAAUUUAGGCAAUGGAAGGCUUCUCGUGAGAAGGAGUUACUCCAGUUGAAAAAGGAAGGAAGAAGGAAUGAGUAUGAAAGACAUAAACUUGAGGCUCUAAACCAGCGUCAAAAAAUGGUCCUUCAUAGGAAAGCAGAGGAAGCAACAAUAGCUACGAAAAGGUUAAGAGAAUUGUUGGAAGCCCGCAAAUCUUCUCCACGAGACAACUCUGUUUAUUCAAAUGGAAAUCCGCAGCAUGGGCAGGUCAAUGAAAAAUCCCUCCAGAGGUGGCUUGAUCAAGAGAUGGAGGUCAUGGUACAUGUGCAUGAAGUUCGUGCUAAAUUUGACAAACAAAACCAAGUCCAAGCUGCAUUGGAAGAUGAGUUGGCCUUCCUGAAACAAGCAGAUCAGUUUUCAGAUGGGCAGAGUAUCCUCACAGGAAAGAGCAGAUAUUCAAGACUGUUAUCCAUGUCACCGGACGUAAAAGCUGCAAGAAUAGCUUCUCUUGAGAACAUGCUGAGCAUGUCUUCAGUUGCUCUGAAAGCCAUGACUACACAACUUACAGAGGCAGAAGAUAGGGAACGCACAUUAAGUAACCGUGGACGUUGGAACCAGCUACGCUCAAUGGGAGAUGCAAAGAAUGUGCUUCAGUAUUUGUUCAAUGCCACAGCAGAUGCAAGGUGCCAAUUGUCGGAAAAGAAAAUGGAACUGAAGGACUUGAAAGAGCAACUUAAUGAACUUGUAACUCUACUACAACAAAGUGAAGCACAGAGAAAAGAACUCGUAAAGGAGAAAACAAUUAGAGAACAACCUAUUGCUAUCACAUCGAAUACAUCAGCGUUGGAAAACUCACGGUCCUUGAAACACCUUGCGGAUGAAAUGAGCGGUCCAUUGUCCCCAAUGUCACUUCCUGCACCAAAGCUACUCAAAUUCACCCCUGGAGUUGUUAAUGGGUCAAUCAGGGAGUCAGCUGCAUUUCUAGAUGAUGCACGGAAGAUGAUACCCUUUGGAGAGUUGUCGACGAAGAGGCUAGCAUCUAUAGGACAAGCCGGAAAACUAUGGAGGUGGAAGAGAAGUCAUCAUCAAUGGCUGCUACAGUUUAAAUGGAAGUGGCAGAAGCCAUGGAAACUCUCAGAAUGGAUCAAACACAAUGAUGAAACCAUCAUGAGGUCAAGGCCUCAAACACGCGCUUUGAUUAAUGUGAUGUGAUGUUGAGCUCAUAAUAAGGGAUAUUAUUAUGAUGCUGAAUGUUGACCACUGGGUUUUUCAACAUGGUUGACAAUAGUACAGAUAAUUGCAGUAUGCAUGCAGGUAUGGUGUAAAUUUGGAUGAGUUUGCUGGUAUUUGUGAAGGUAUUUUUGCUGAGAUACAGUUUGGUUGUUGGAGAAUGUUCUGUCUUGGUUCUCUAUGUAGGUUGUACACAUGGUAGGCGUCUGCUAACAUUGACAACAUCAAAGGAAAGAAUUAGUUUUAGAAGGUUGAAAGGGAAAUGCUGAACUCCUGCAUAUACUAAUAUAUUGUUUGUGAUGAAGCUGUUCCAUGUUAAUUCUGUAGUUUUUUUCAACAAAUUUUGUAAGUUGUAUCGGUAUAGCGUGAAAAUCUGUUAUUUGUACAGAUGAAGUACUUCCUGAAAUUGGUUGUGUACAAUGAUCUAAGCUAAUAAUUGAUGCUUUUCUUGGAUA